GGACCGGGACCGGGAGACAGAGAGAGACAGGGACAGGGAUCAGGGGCAGGGAUCAGGAUCAGGGAAAGGGGCCGGGACCGGGAUCCGCACAGGAAUUGGGACCAGGACCUGCGGCCUCCCCUCAGCCCGCUAGCCCCGGGUUCCGCUGUGGGGCUGUCGGGCCGGGCCGGCGGCCUCUGCAUCACCGGGAUCUGACCGGAGCUGUCAGCUCGGAGAAGGAGCGGUGGCCGCGCUUUGCUGAGGAGAAUAACUGACUUAUCGUGCGGCACUCACAGAGCUUUUCACGAGCUCCUGAUUCUGAGGGAGUGCUGGCAGUUCCCCUCGCCCUUUGGCCCUCUCGUUCCCCAGGCAAUGCCCAAAGUGAAGAGGAGCAGGAAGCCUCCCCCGGAUGGCUGGGAGCUGAUCGAGCCCACGCUGGACGAGCUGGACCAGAAGAUGAGAGAAGCUGAGACAGAGCCACACGAAGGGAAGAGGAAAGUGGAGUCUCUCUGGCCCAUCUUCAGGAUCCACCACCAGAAAACACGUUACAUCUUUGAUCUCUUCUACAAGAGGAAAGCAAUCAGCAGAGAGCUCUAUGAGUACUGCAUCAAGGAGGGCUAUGCUGACAAAAACCUGAUAGCCAAGUGGAAGAAGCAGGGCUAUGAGAACCUCUGCUGCCUGCGCUGCAUCCAGACUCGGGACACCAACUUUGGCACCAACUGCAUCUGCAGGGUCCCCAAAAGCAAGCUGGAAGUGGGCAGAAUCAUUGAGUGCACUCACUGUGGAUGCAGAGGCUGCUCUGGGUGAAGCCUUUUGCCAUCAAACUUGUUUCUUGAACUUUGAGAGACAUCCUCCUCCUCCUCCUCAAUGGACUAUGAGUGCAAUUACAGCCAUUUGCUGUGAUGGGCUAUUUCUGUAUUAAAUUAAAGCAUCAGCAUGAUCACCUGGAUCAUGCAUAAACGGGGGGUGCUUUGGAGUAGGGUUUUGUGUAGCCAUUUAUUUUAAAAUAAAGCUUGCCUUCCUGAGA